UUAAACAGUCUCGAGUAAAAAUUGAUGUCUGAACCGGUCAUCACAGAUUCAUCUGUAAACAACCUAUAAAAAUAAACUGCUGUCAAAUAUGAGCCAUUGAUCCGACAGUUACCAACAGCUUUCCAAAACCACCCCAAACCCAUCAGUGCGCGCACAACUCUCUCUCUCUCUGUCUGUCUCUCUCUCUCCCUCACACACGCACACGCACGCACAUCUUUUCCACUGUGAGCAUCUGAUCACGACAUUUUGCUUUGAAAUCGAACCUGAAACUGUGGGAAUAAUUUGGAAACUUGGAGGUCUUUCCAGCAGCUCUUCAUCCUGAGAGGCAAAUGUCCAGUUCACUAGAGAGGGUUGUAGCCCAGAAGAAGGAGGCGAUUGAAGCAGUAAUGGAGAUGUUUGAGAGAGGAGCCGAGGUGCUGGCCAGCGCUGUUGGAGAGAUGUCGCCACUUUUCGAGGCUGCAGCUCCAGUCCUUAAGCUCGUCCUCAACAAUGUGGAAAGCAAGGAGGUCAUAUAUGUCAAAGAUCAGUUUCUAGCUGUGAGAAGCAAAUUGGAUGUCCUCUCAUCUCAGCUACAAGACAUUGACUCUGAGAUUAGGAGGAGACGUUUGGAUACCCAGUUCUUCUCAGUGGAGGAAAAUUUGCGGAACCAGUUUAGAAAAUACAUUGACAUUCUGGAGGCCAAACCAGAGUAUAAGGAGGUCAAAAAACGCUUGUUCUUGGAGCACUUUUUCAUAACAGGUGGAGAAAAAAACCUCUGCGUGCUUUAUGAUGCUGUGUUGGGGAACAGCACUUUUGGGGAGCCAAUCCUGGAUGUUGUGGAACAAUACGAGGCCAGAAACAGACGGGUCCUGGAAGACUUCUGCGUCAGGCUGAAGGAGCUGCUCUGCCUGGGAAUAAUCGCUCUUCUGGGAUAUUGUUUCCUUACUCUGGGAGAAGAAGCUGAGCAGGCGAAGAUUCAAGAGUGGAGCAGGAAGAUCCAAGAAAUUGAAAUGAAAAUGAAGGAAACGAUAAAGAAAUGUGUGCAUUCAUUUCCAGAGCAAGCUGAACUGGACAUUAAGAGGCUUGUAAAGGAGAGAGAGGAUGGGAACCUCCAGGAAAUGGCCAAGGAACUGCUGGACUUCCUGGUGAAGAAGUACGACUGGGUGAGCUGGUCCAUCAGAGUCGUUAGUAACUUGGGCAAAAUUAGAAACUUGAGAGCUGGACAAAACUUUCAGUGUGUGGCCGGACAGAGUUAUUUUGAAGUGUCUCAAGGAAAUGAUAUAAACCUGGUGGUCUCGUUCUGCAGCGCCCCUCAGCCUGUGCCCAAUGAGAGCAUAAAACAGAUGAUGGAAGGUCCUGCGAGGAAGGGAGAUGCCAAAGCUGUCGUGGAGUUUAUGGAGGAGCAGUUAGCUGGGUUUCUGGUUCAUGCCGUCAGUCGUCACAAGGAGAGCUUUGCUGUGUCCAGUUUUCCUGAAGAAUGUCACUACUGGGACAAACACAAGAACGUGAAUGUCUGUGUGCAUGCAGAGGAGAUUUAGACAUAAACAUAUAUAUACAUUUUAAAUGCAAGAUAUACUUCAACUGUAUUCCUGAUCUACUGUAUCUGAUAUACUGCCAUAUUUUCAAACAAAAUAGGCUGGCUAUGUGAGCUUUAUACUUGGCAUGUUUGCACACCAUAAUGUCUUAAUAUAACUAAAUGUCUAUCUGAAAACAUUUCAUUUAAAUGCAAUAGGCAGAGAACAUGUUAAAUGUUGUGAUGUUAUAUAAACCAAUGCUUUGUAGUAAUAAAAACUGAAGCAAUGAGACUGGAUGGUAUACUGGCAAAGAAAAGUGCUUCCCCAUUUAGCCUGCAUGAGAAUAACCCGAACUGACAGUAUCUGUUCCUCAUCAGCCAUAAAACAGCCCACGGCAACACGUCUCAGGAAACGAAUGCAUAUGUCUGCACAGCAGAGAGCUCAUCAUGUUUUCAGACUAAAAUACACCCUUUAAAAAUUCAUGUCAGUUCAAAGUUGAAUUUAUACAUUUCUAAAAAAAAAAACUUGGGUUCAAAAGUUUACUGGUUUAGCUUUUUUCAAGAUUAUACACUCAAAAAUAAAAAUAUUUAGGCCAAAAUUAAGAAUUAUGUUUUUGAAUUGCAUAUAAAAUUUCCAUUCAUUUGUAAUACACUGCUACAAACACUGCUACAAACAACAUAGACGUGAUGCAUAUCUGUCAGUCAUAUAUGAAACAGGUAUGAUGUCUGCUUGAUUUUAUUUAAAUAAUUAUACUUUCAAAAUGUAUUUAUUCAGAUUGCUUAGAAUCAGCAUAAAUCUGUAAUUAAAAAGUAUGAACAUGGUUAAUAUAUGGUCAGCUGUUGAAAAAGUAAUAUUUUAUUAGUUAAAAUGUAUGAGAUUGUAACAAAUUAGAUUUACUGAUGAUAAAUAUAUGAAUCUGGUUAUUGUGCAUUUAAAACACAAUCAGUUUAUACUUGUAGGGAUAUAACGAUCCCUCAUGUCAUGAUUAAUACAUAUCACGAAACUGAACUCACAAUACGAUAUUAUUGCGAUACAUAUGGUCAAGAUAUAUGGUAAAAGGUUAACAAAAAUUAACUGUUGAUUAAAAUGCUAAAUUUGGUAUUAUAUUGGGGGUGGAAAUGAAUAGGCUUGGACUUGGUGCUGGUAACUCAAUGCACAGGACAAUGUUGUACCAGAAUAAAAUAUUCAUGAUUCUGAAGCUGAAAAUGGGUCAUUGACGAACAUAAUGGAGAUAUAAUUAAUUUUGAAGUUUUAUUAAGUGUUAACAAUGAGAUUGUGUUUUUUUUUAUAAUCAA